AUGAAGCUUGCAACUACUCUCGGGCUUGUCUUCGCAGUUCUCACCUCCGCCAUCCCAUACCCUCCCCCUAGGAUUGUCUUCCAGCCAUGGGAGAACAACUUGAAGCCGUGGGAGGACACAGCCACUGUCAAACUCGCCAACGACUGGUCUGGAAAGCACGCUGAAGCCAAGGUGCCUCUCGAUCGCAAACGACACUCUAUCAAGUCACUUUAUGGCAACUCUGAUCUUGUUCAAAGCGGAGGUAUCUAUGCGACAAGUGCGGAGCUCACGAAGUUUAGUCAGCGUACCGGCUGUGUUGUUGUCCUGGAUGACCCGGAGGUAUAUGCCCAGUUGAACGCACAGAAUACGUGGUCGUUCUUGGAUCGCGGGGCCUGGGUUAAUGUGAAAGAUGGCUAUGUGUCCUGCGUGGAAUACUAA